UGCUGACGUGGUGAAAUCGUGGCGGUACUGUAGAAGCAAAGAACAAGUUGCAUAACUGCAAAGAGAAAAAGAAAAGUUUGUUUGUGAAAUGUGAUUUUUUCGAUCCUCGGUCGUUCGCAGCCUUUGAAUAUGCCUAAACUGUUUUGGUGAGUGUGCCGUUUCGUUUUCGUCUCUCUCUGACCAAAAAAUAAACACACAUUUUCGUUUCUCGACCAUUUUUUAUUUAUGAUUAUAAAUUUAUUGUGAGUUAAUUUUUGGACACAUGGAGGAUGAAAAAUACGCAAGGGAAUUGGAGGUUGCUGUGAGGGUUGUCCACGUGGCAUGUGCUCUUUGUGGGAGAGUGCAGGAGAGGCUCCUUGCGAAGGAUAUUGUAUCCAAAGACGAUGAUUCUCCUGUUACUGUUGCAGACUUGAGUGUUCAAGCAAUCACUAGUUGGUUACUAUCGAAAACUUUCGGUGUUCAAAAUGUGUCAAUUGUUGCUGAAGAAGAUGUAGAAACUUUCGCCAAGGAUGAUUCAGCAGGCUUACUGGAAGCCGUUGUGAAUACCGUCAAUGAGUCUUUAGCUUUUGCAUCCGUGUAUGGUCUUCAAAUUCCAGAGGCAACUCUUGGAACAUCAGAAGUUCUUGAGGCCAUUGGCCGCUGCAACUCAACCGGAGGCCUCAGUGGAAGACAUUGGGUACUCGACCCUGUCGAUGGCACAUUAGGAUUUGUACGUGGUGAUCAGUAUGCUGUUGCACUAGCUUUAAUCGAGGAUGGAAAAGUUGUUCUUGGAGUUCUUGGGUGCCCCAAUUACCCAGUGAAGACAGAAUGGCUAAACUAUCACUACCAGUACCACCAAACAACAACACAAUUGUCUCCGACAACUCCUGAUGCAUGGGGAAAAGGGUGUGUGUUGUAUGCAAAGAGAGGAAGUGGCGAGGCGUGGUUGCAGUCAUUGAUUCCUGAAAAUACGACGCUAGAAUGGCCAAAUUGUGCUAGACUUAUUCGUGUUUCUUCCGUUAAUGAUCCGGCAUUGGCCACUCUCUGUGAACCGGUGGAAAGGGCAAACUCAAACCAUUCAUUCACAGCUGGCCUUGCUCACAGUGUGGGACUUAGAAAACAGCCCUUACGCGUCCACAGCAUGGUAAAGUAUGCAGCAAUAGCCAGGGGAGACGCCGAGAUAUUCAUGAAAUUUGCCAAGUCUGGUUACAAGGAGAAGAUAUGGGAUCAUGCUGCUGGUGUUGUGAUUGUUGAAGAAGCGGGUGGUGUGGUAACCGAUGCCGGAGGCCGCCCUCUAGACUUUUCAAAGGGAACAUACUUAGAGGGUCUUGACCGAGGCAUAAUUGCAUGCUCUGGUGUCACAUUGCAUGAAAAAUUGAUUGAUGCUGUUUAUGCUAGCUGGGACUCCUCAAAUUUAUGAGGCUAUUUUUCUCACUGCAAAAUUUUUGUAUUCACUUUAAUAGCUAAUUUUUCAGUAUAGGAAAUUAUAUUGAACUGAAUAUAUAUUUAUCCUAUAGCAUAAUUCAUCGAUAGUGUCAUGUGCGAGAAAUUAGUUAGAAUUUAGCUUC